AUGAAAACGUUAAUUGGAUUUGUAUUUCUACUAGUUCAUUACUGUGCCUAUAAUCUUGAAAUCCGUCUUGAUUACAGCAUAGACGACCUAUACAUCAGCACUACCACGCCUGGAACCAUCCUACGACUGAUGGAUGAGAGAAGAGUACUUGGGUUUGAUGAAUUUGCUGAAGACAACUUCCCAAAUGCAUUAGUGAGUUCAUUUGCAAACAGAUACGCCAUAAACAUACUCAAUGACUACGGAAUAGCCUUUGAAUUUGAUAUAAGAGAGUAUUUUGAUCAGGAUCAAAAUGACAUUAUGAGAGUGUAUCAAUUUAUUGAGGGUAAAAAGAAUGAUACUCAGUUAUUUGGCAACAAAUUCGACUACAAAUUGCUCUAUUUUUUCUGUACGCUGGAAUAUGAAACGGUAAAUAGAAACAUCGAUAAUGUAAUUCUAGCCGCAAAAGUGCAGUACGUAAUCAAACACAGUGCAACCCUGAAUCACUCAAUCAAAAUAAGGAACAACUCUACCAAAUUUAACAGUAUUAAAAUCAGUAGGUUAAAUAACGUAGCUGGACAGAGAAUGAAUCUGGAAGAAUACGACAUUCUGGCUGCACACGCCGGUCACGAACGAGCCGCUGGAUUAAUUGCAGUAACAAAGGACAUGGAGGUUGAUGUUUUUCAGAAGUUUGUAAAUAUCACUGUUAAUGUAGAAGACUAUACCAUAAAAAGAACUAUACUGAAAUUACUCAGGUUAGAGAGGUGGGAACUGAAUACUUGCAUGGAUAAUGGAAACACAAACAGAUUUCUGGAUAGACUGAUCGAUAUCAUCAGACCCAAAAUAGGUAGAGAAAGAAAGGUUGUCGAACAGUUGUUGCUGAAGCUCUUCACACCCUACGAAAUAGUUAUGUUUCUAAGAAGUAGCAAUGAUGACGUUCAAAGCUACACGGCCUGGUGGAACGUGAAUCACAAAACCGUAUUCAUGUUAAACUAUGCUGUAGAGGUGGCUGCGCUUCGAGCAGAAAUGAAGAGGAUGCAAGAAAGACACACCAAGAACCUGCAGAUUCAAAAUGGAUUCAAUGAAGUGUUUAGGAAGAAGUUGAAUUUGGAUAAACUGAACUAUUCAAGUGUAGUAGAGGAUAAAGAGGUUCGUAACAUACCACUAUGCGAUGAUAGUACAGAAAUAGUAGAAGACAAUAGUAGGAAGAGGAAUGUGGUAUACUGUGCUAUUGGAUUUACACUUAUUGUAGCAUACAUAGUGGUGGUACUGUUUUACAACAUCAUAAUGAGCAGAAAGAAUGAUGAUAAAGAAGGGUUCUAG